CCAUCUUUUCUUCAUCACCAUCUGGCACUUUGCUGCUCACCCCACGCCGCUCCGCCUCCUCGCCCUUCAUUGCGCCGCACCCAGCCUUGGCGGCCGUCCACGAGUCAAAACUUGUUGCCAACGCACUCAGUAUCUUUCGGACAUGAGUUAGGAUGACGCGACCUCAAAUUAUACGGGCAGAUACGCUCGACUUGCAAGACAAAAUCUCCCCGACCGCCCAGGACCACUCCCGCCAGCCUCAGCACCCCGCCCCUUUGGGAAUUGGGCCAGCCGCACCGCACCAGGAAGCCUCGCUACGCCAUGUCAACGACGAGCGGAACUCAGAGGAAUCGCAUAUGCAGAAUGGCACUUGGAGCGACUCAAACACUCUGCGCGAAGACCCUGGCUCUGAUGACGAGCGCACUGUGGUCAACAGCGUCAGCAGUGACAGGAAUCUCCAGCAGGAUGAGCAGGCCGUGAGGUUGAACGGCGGAAUGACGGGGAGUGGAGACGACGGCGACAUGCAGGACGCUGACGUUGAGGAGGACAUGGACGACGACAUGAUGGACAAGAUUUCGAGUUCACCCUCGAUAGACGAUGAGGACAUUGAUUUCGAAUUUGUGUAUGCUCUGCAUACAUUUGUUGCCACCGUAGAAGGCCAAGCCAAUGCUACGAAGGGAGAUACCAUGGUUCUUCUAGAUGACAGCAACAGCUAUUGGUGGCUGGUGAGGGUAGUCAAAGACAGCAGCAUUGGAUAUCUACCAGCCGAACAUAUUGAAACCCCUACUGAGCGGUUAGCCCGAUUGAACAAGCACCGAAACAUCGACCUUUCAGCUACAAUGCUCGGGGACACAGCGGAGAAGACCAAAAAUCCCCUAAAGAAAGCUAUGCGCCGCCGUAAUGCGAAGACUGUGCAGUUCGCAGCACCGACUUAUGUUGAGGCUUCGGAUUACGACUAUUCAUCAGACGAGGAUAAUGGCGAUGAAGAACUGUUUGGUGGAGCAGACCCUAAUCAAGUCCAAGCGGAGGCUGUCAACGAGAAGACAGAGACUGAGGACGAUACUCUCAAAGUGCAGCCGUUGAAAGUUGGGGCCGCAAAGAAGGAAACAGCCCUAGGCAAUUCUGAGGAGGUAUCGCGGGAAUCUGACGAUGACCCUGACGCGAAGAGUAGUGGGGACAAGGUGAGGACAAGUGAUGAGAUGUUUGACCGUCCGUUGGACCCGAAGGUGUCUCGAAAUGGAACAAUGCGCAAUACGGAUUCUUUCUUCAAGGAUGAUAAUGCGGAAACACGGAAGAUCACCCUUACGCCAAACUUACUAAGAGACGACUCAAGUACCUCCACCACAGGUUCUAGGGAACGUGGACCGAGUCUAGAAAGUCUUGAGAAGAAUGGCUUUGCGGAUAAGGUCAAGGAAGAUAAGAAAAAGAAGGAGAAGAAACCUGGAAUGCUUAGUGGUCUGUUCAAGAGAAAAGAGAAGAAACCCAAGGGCACUGGUGCACUUGACUCCUUUGAUAGCGAUGCUGAGAAACAGUCAGAGGAAAUCGGUCGCAGCUCUCCACAAUCGAAGGGCUCCGACGAAUCCCCUUCAGAGCGACCGUCCACUGAGCAAGCCUCCAACCAAGCGCCGCAACGACAGGCUAGUAAAGGAAAAUUACAGAAACCACAACGUGGACGGGACGACUCACCACCAAAGAAACAGGUUAUUACUCCAACGGACAGCCCUGAACCCGGGGCCGUGCAAAACGCGGCUCCUAAAGAUACUCCGAGCAGCAAACCUGCUGGUCAACAAGCUCCCUCAACCAUGCGUUUGGUUUCCCCAGAACGAGAAGAGUCUACAAAGUCAAUUGAAGCACGUGUUCAGUCUCCCGAAAAUGUAAAUCGAUCUCGGUCCAAUUCUGCUGCCUCGAAACUCAACCCUAUCAAGAUGCUACACCGGGAAGCAGACGGCGAACCGCGACCUGAGAAAGUCAAGAAGGCAAAACAACGAGUGCAGCUCGAUGACUUCGAUUCUUCUGAAGAUGAGAAAACUGAUCCGUUUGCUGAUCCAAAGGACCCGCAGACAAAAUCAUCACGAGCGGAAGAAUCCGAGCCAACCGGACGUCUCUCCGAAUCUCCCGUUCAGAUAUCGGUCGCAGACGCACAGCCACCUGUAAAAGAGAACACCCAUGAAAGAGAUCACGAACCGGACCUUCACCAACCUCCAGGUCUCACUGGCGACACAUCCAGCCAAGAAACCAGCUCCCCAAUCUCUACCCCCUCGCCCAACGAAAGUCCUUCAACGAACACGCCCUCAAAACCCAAUCUCUCCACUUCUCGUCCGGCCGGUUCGCCAUCACCUACGUCACUCCAUUCGCCGUCCUCCAUACCGCCACCAUCACGUCCUGCCCCUAUUCCAACGAAAGAAAUGGAAGCAGCAUCACCGCCAACCUCGUCUGAGAGUAGUACACUCCCGGCAUGGUCUGAUGCUUCGCUACGAUCAUACCUAGACGACGGCAGUGACAUCAGAGACAUGCUUAUGGUGAUCAACGACAUAACUGGUGUGGUUCCCGUCGGACUGGAUCAUCCUCUCAUGUCACGGUUGUACACCGAAGAAACGAAGGCUGUGACACAGCUAGGUGGAGAAUUGGACACCCUGUUACACAACUGGCUUGAGACAAAGAGGAAGAAGAGGAGGGAAGCGUCGAAACAAAAACAAGCUUCCCGAUAGCAUGCUACUCUUCUACGAAUUGAUUAAACGAGGAGAAUUACGAGGACGAGAGACGUGUCGAAUACCAAUUUCACGUGUUUAAUGUACAAUGGAGUGUGUUGUGAGCAAAAUACCCCUUUUCUUGAUUCCCAAGAC